ACAUUAUGGCCAUUCUGAAGGUCCUCUUUGUCCUCCCCUUUUUUCUUUCUUCCCUCAUAUCUGCCAGAAAUGAUUGCACUUCUUCCUUUUGUGGGAUAAGCCCUUUUCCUAUACGAUUCCCUUUCAGAAUACAAGGCCAACAGCCUGAUAAUUGUGGCUUUCCUGGUUUUAAUGUUAGAUGCAGCAAUCAAGGUAAAGCUGUUCUCAGCCUUCCGUAUAUGGAUGAUUUCAUCAUACGCGAUAUCAAUUACGCCAACCAAGAAAUCUUACUCUAUGAUCCAUCUGGUUGUCUUGCAAGUCGGCUUCUAAGCUUGAACCUCUCAUCUUCUCCUUUCAAGCCAGCUUAUUACCAGAACUACACGUUUCUUAGUUGUUCUGGCGAUUCGAUGAUGCCUCGGUUAAAUGCCAUUGGUUGUCUUAGCAACUCCUCUGUCUCCAUCUUGGCCACUUCUUUGCCAACUCCUGCUGGAGAGAUGAAUUCAUGCAGUAUUCUCACCACUCUGCAGUUAUCAGUGCCUUGGACAUCUCAAAACGAGUUUGGGUUUUACUCAGACCUUGGCAGCCAUCUUCUGCUAGCAUGGAGUGCUCCGAGUUGUGAGAAUUGUGAAGCAAAGGGAGGCAUCUGUGGAUUCAGAAACGCUACAAGUCAAGAAAUUUCUUGCUUUAAUGCCCCUGGAACAGGGUUUUCUGCAGGUGGUCUGCAUAUUUUCAGAAUCAUAGCCUUGUCCAUUGUUAUACCCGCGAUGACAUGUUCGAUAUGUAUAUCAUGUAUAAUCUGUCUACGAAACAGAAGUGUGGUGGCGGGCAGAGCCCACCGAAACGGCGGCACAGGCACAGGCACAGCUGCGGUAACGCCACAACCAGCCACCAUUCAUGCAGGGCUGGACGACUCCACCAUUGAGUCGUACACGAAAGUGGUGUUGGGGGAAAGUCGGCGAGUUCCGGGGCCAAACCACACGGCUUGCCCAAUAUGCCUGGCGGAUUAUCAUCCAAAAGAGACAGUUCGGUGCAUUCCGGAAUGUGAACAUUGCUUCCAUGCCGAAUGCAUAGAUGAAUGGUUAAGGAUCAAUGGCAGCUGCCCUGUUUGCAGAAACUCACCAUCUCCUUCGCCUGAUGUUCAUGUUGUAGUUAACUACUGAACAAAAUAAAUAUUAUGCUCUCAAAUUUUUGUUUGUUACUAGUAUAUAGCAAACCUCAAUUCAACAUUAUAUUAUACAAGUUGUUGAUAAAAUCACCAUUUUCAAUCCGUUCA